AAAAAUUCGCAAUAAACUAUAUAGCCUACCUAUACUAUAUAGAAAAUCCGCCUCUGAAACGAUUCGAUCAUUUAUACAACGUUCUGCCAAGAUAGAAAAGUUUCUUUCUCGGUCAAUACAAGAGGUUUCCCACCCUGUAUUUAUAAAAGCAAAAACUUUUUUUAGAUAUCACUUGCUUCCCCCAUUUAAUGACUUCCAUUUAUCAUAAAUGAGCGAAACGCGGCAAGCACUGCUACGUGGCUUUCUUAAGCGAUACAUAUUUUAGAAGGUUCAAAAUUCGAUAAAAUUGUCCUUCAUUCAACGUUACCUCAAGUAUGGUGUUAUUGCUUCACUUCGAAUUAUGGAUGACCAGAGCGUUGAUGCUUAUAGGAACGGUUUUUUGUGCCUUCUUGUUUGCACAGCUCUAGGAAUAUGGUUUUUCAUGCGUAUUAUCAAAAAUAGAAGGAAAUUCAAUCAUAAUAUGGAGUUGAUAGGGCACGAGUUGAAGAGGAUGGAAGACAAAAUUCGUAACAGCGGAAAUGGUACGAGUGAAGACGAGGAAAGUCUAUUGGCUGACCAGUCUGGAAUGGGUUUAGUGGAUUUGUUGAAUCAGCUGAAGGAACUAGAAGAAGAGGAGAUGAAGAGAAAACUUGAGAAAGAAGAGGAGAUCAGUUGUCCAGAUGAUGAAGAAGAUGUUACUCCUGUUCAAGAUAAGAAGAAUGACUGAAAAGAUCCUGUAUUAUAAGAGCACCUUACAUAUCAUGUUGAGUGGUAAUUUUUUUGAUGAAUUGUCAUAUGGGAAAUUGUUUGAAAGAAGUGUUUACUGACAAAAUUGGAUGAUAAUCUAGUUUUAUUUGUAUGUUUUACCUUGUAAAAUGAUAAUAAUUAUAAUGAAUUGAAGAUCUGAAAAAUUCAAUUGUUCAUUUCAUUAAUUAGCCUCACAUAUCACUUAUACAUUUAUCUGUCGAUUAAUCAAAUUUGAAACUCGCCAGAUUUUCAAGAAUUUUGUUCUCAUUAAGCAAUAUAUACAUAUCAACAGGUCCGUAUUCGCAAGAAUAGAUCUGAUGGUGGCUCUCUAGGAACGAAACGUCGUAUUGAAUAUCAAUUCAUUACAUUUCAAAAUUAACAAAUGAGGAUAAAUAAAAAAUGCCUUGUAAUAUCAAUUGGAGAAUUUUAUUUUGAACACUGAUGAUAUUGAUAACAAGAAUAUUUUAAUAUGUAAGUACAGACAGGUACAUCAACAAAAAAUACUUGAAAUAUACAUUCCAGUUUGUUUGAACACACAAAUGGUGAAGGAGAAGCAGGUUUUCUCAAAUAUUGCACUACUUCUUCAAGAAUCCAUCCAUAAAUAUAUCCCUUUAAAGUUUAAGUUGCAACUGCUGAAUGUAUAUUCUACAUAGAAUGUGUAAAAUAACGUAAUGAGCUAAAUAUUAUAAUAUCAGGAAUAAAAUAUAUAAAACAAUAAGCAUCAUGAAAUGGUUUUUUCACCCAACAUGAUAAGGUAUUGAUUUCGAAGUACAGGUAACUUCAUAAUGCAAAAUGGAAAUAAAUAAAUUAUGAUAAAAAAUAAAAGACAUCUAAAAAAACAUAACAAAGAAUAUCAAAUUUACUGAAUUCUGAGCUACAGUACAGAAGCGAAUGAUAU